CAAUACGUCUCGACAAGCUCCUCGAGUCGUGUGUUUGAAAGCGCACGAAGCGCAUACAUUAAUUUUCUGGUGGUUGUUUUUUUUAAUUCUCCUGCUGAAACUCUAUUAUAUAGGAUGUUUCUGGUUUGGUGUUUUAUACUGUGUCUUCUUACGCUCUUUGGAAGUUCUAAAGCUGUUGCUGAAGCUCCUUUGGAUUAUUAUUGCGACCAUCCGGCGGAUAUAGCUCUCUUGUUGGACUCUUCCAGCUUCUUUGGAAGAGAAAACUUCAAAUAUCAGAAGAAAUUUGCGCAAAGUUUCGUAACAUACUUCAAAAUACGUAGAACAGGAGCAUCGAUCUCAGUACUACCAUAUGGAGGAAAACCGAUCGUUCGCCGGUCCAUUACAAAUUUCUUUCAAUCCAGUACGAUUUCAAGACUCACAAGGAAAAUCGCCGAAUUGAAAUUUCAAGGCGGCCGUAGUAAGCUGGAGAAUGCUUUGCGUUUUUCUCGCGAUCACCUUUUCUCCACGCCCGGGAAAUAUGGUGCUCGUUCGUGGGUGUCACGUGCGGCCAUCGCGAUCACUGGCAGCUGGCGACAAUGGAAUUCACGUCAAACUCGCGAGAUCCGUGAGGCUGCGCUUAGCUUGCAAAGAACUGGUGUAAAAUUGAUGAUUGCUUAUAUUGGCUCGAGAGAGGAUCAAAAUGACCAAAAUAGUAAAUUGUUUGAGUCGAUGGUGAAGUCCAAAAAUGAUGUUUAUAUGUUGAGAAAAGCCGUUGGUUUAACACAAGCUGCGAAACAAAUGGUUCAAGAAAUCUGCCCUAAACCUACUGUAUUUCCGUGUCCUGUGACCGCUGAUAUUGCAUUUAUCGUGGACUCAUCUGGUAGUAUAGGCACAAACAAUUACGCAAAGACGAAAUACUUCGUGUAUUCUAUUGCGAACGCGCUAAAUAUCUCCGCUACUGGUGCACACGCUGGAGUUGUGAUCUAUAGUGAAGAGGCAAAAGUUCCAAUCAAAUUUACUGAUCAUACGGAUAUCGUAAGUUUCAAAGAAGCGGUUUACGGCUUGGAGUACCUGAAGGAGAGGACGCGUAUUGACCUUGGUCUUCAGAAAGCGCACACGGAUCUAUUUUCCGAGUACUACGGCGGAGCCCGCAGGGAUGUUAAAAAGCUGGCAUUUAUUUUAACGGAUGGAAGGCAAAAUCCCAAGGGGGGGACACCUUUAAAGGAAGCUGCUGGCAAACUUAUGAAAGAUGGUAUAAAGACGAUUUCUAUUGGGAUUGGCUCCGAGGUGAACAAUACGGAGUUGAGGGCAAUGGUUCAGUACGACGAGGAUGUGAAACAAGUUGCUAAUUUUGAUGAUCUCGUGCGUGAGAUUCAAAACAUCACGCAACUCACCUGCGAUGAAAUAAGGUUGACCACCUGCGACUACCCAGCAGACAUUGCGUUCGUGUUGGAUUCAUCAGCCUCCGUGUCGUACGAAGAUUUUGAGAAGAUGAAAGGAUUUGUCAAAACAAUGGCAAAACAGUUUCGCGUCUAUGAACACGGCAGUCGUGGUGCGGUUAUUGUUUAUGGUGAAAAUGCUGGAGUCGCAAUCCGCAUGGACGAGUACAUUAACUACUUUCAGUUUAUUCGCGCUGUUGAUGACCUGGGACGAUAUGGAGGUCGUCGUCGAAGUUUUCAGGCAAUGGCACUUGCCGAGUCCGUAUUAUCAAACUACGAGCAAGGUGCACGACGUAAGGUUCCGAAGGUUUUACUCAUGUUGACGGCCGGUCCCGAGAGCAGUAAUGCAGAUUACGAGACUUUACAGGAAGUGACGCAGCGACUUUAUGACCGUCACACGCUGGUAUUGGUCGUUGGAAUAUUACCCGGUGCAGAUAUUGGAAAACUUCAAAACCUCGUGGAGUCCACCGUGGAUGUUUUUGCUGCUCAAUCAUUCAAGGAAAUCCGUGGUCAACUCGCACCCUUGACUAAUGACACUUGCAAACAUGUUGGGCCAGGGAUUUGCGAAGCCAAAGUGGACAUAGCGUUUAUCUUGGAUUCUUCUGGUAGUAUCACGCAUGACGAGUAUAUUGAGGUCAAAAGCUUUGCGAAACGGGUUAUGAAAACUUUUGAUAUCGGUCCGCAAAAAACCCACCCGGCUAUCAUGAUAUACAACGACGAGGCGAGAAUUGCGCAUCGUUUUGGAGGGAUUUUAUCUCACGAAGAUUUUGAUAUGAAACUCGACGCGUUACCGCACUUGCGUGGGAAGACACGCAUCGAUCUUGCUCUCUCGAAAGCUGCCAGGGAGCUUUUCUCCUGGGCAGGAGGAAUGAGAGUUCAAUCUGACGUACAAAAGGUUGCCAUAGUGAUCACGGAUGGUCGUCAAACUCCGGCACCCGACGGAAUUGGACUGGAUCAGGCUUCAGCUGGAUUGAUUGUACAAGGAGUGAAAGUUUUGUCUAUAGGUAUUGGUGAUAAUGUUGAUCAAGAUGAGCUAUCUAAGAUGGUCGAUAAACCAGACAGGCAUAUAUUCAUGUCUAAAUCUUACAAAGCUUUGCGUAUUCAACUCGCAACUAUUGCGCGGGAAAGUUGUUCACUACCUACAUAUACGUAUAACUGAGGUGGUGCGAAUCAAUCAUUAAUGGAAAGUUUCUUACAAGGUUUAAAUGUUGCUGUUGUCUUUCUUUUUGUGACCUUUCGAAAUGAAAUUCGCUCUGAUUGUUUGAUUUCCACUGAAAAUAACUUCCAAUAUUUUUACGAAAACCUUUCUCGUGUAACUAAAUAAUUUGUGGCAUUGUUGACCAUAUUCUUUUUCGUAAUCAUUGACGAGUGUGAAGGGUAAACCUUUUUAGAAAUUUAGCCUAUUGAGAGGCUGCACGAUUAAAAUUUAAAGCUAGA